GGUGGCGGCGUUUUUUUUUGCGGCAUCGUGUUCGUAGCAACAGCAGCAGGGACAACGGAACAGCAUGCUGAAGCACUAGAACCAGGAGUCGAAACCGCUUCCCUAGCUGUUUAUCGUGCUCAGUUGUUGUGUAUCUUUCGUAGAGUGACAGUAUCGGUGUUGCGUACUCCGUCUCUAAAGAUGCCGAUAGGAACGUGAAACCAAAGUCAAUAGACAUACAAUCUAUUCAAUGAAGCAUCACGAGUGAAACUUCAGUCUAAUCUACUUUCAUAAAGUUUCUUAAUAAUUUAAAACCUAUUUAUGUAUUUAUGUAACGUGUAAGCAACCUAAUUUAUUUAUUUAUUUAACUUAUUCGCCAAAAUCUCGAUUUAAAACAAAAACAAAAAAAGUUAAAGAUUCAAUCGUUCAGUAAAACUUCAUCACACGCGUUCGAGUCAGUAAGUUUAGUUUAAAAAGUAAAAUUAAUUCCGACAAGUCAUUAAAUCUAGAAUCGUUUUGAGAAAACAACCAACAAACGCAAAAACCAAACUAAACAAACGACAGAAAAGUACAAAUUUAACUCUAAAAGCAACCAAAUCUACAAAGCAAAACAGUCAAAAUUAAGAGUUGACAAUAAGUUGAACCAAACGCAGAGUAGAGUUUUUUCCGAAAAAAAAAAUCAGCACAAAUCUCUCAACCGGAGCCAGUAUUAUUUCGUAAAACUGACAAAACAAAAGUAAAACAAGUACAAAUACAAACAAACAAAAUCAGCUGAAACAUAAAAAAACGCAAACCGAUAAAUAGUUAAACCCUAAAACCCAGAGCAAACCAAUACAGAGUAAUAGUAAAAAUCCGCAUAAACGAAAACUGUGAAAGUGUUCAAAUAGCUACGAUCUUAAGUGAAAAUGUUACCUUCAUGGGAAGCCGAUGGAAGAAAUUGAGUGUUAUUUUGAAAAAGGAGUGACAAAACCCAAUAUUUACCCUUGUCGUCGUCGUGUGAUUAAAACAUCGGAAGAAAACGAAGAAAGUUAGCGAAAAAUAUACCAAAAAAAAGCUAUAUAACACGAAAAUCCAGUGAACAGAAAACCAGUGAGCUUUGAUAAGAAAAAAAAAACCAUAACCCGAGGUUGAAAUUGAUUCCCGUUUAUUACGUUCGGAAGAAUUUUCGGUUUCUCUAGUCGUCGUCCAGUGAUUCGAAUAGAAAAGCGCGUUGUGAUCAAUUAGUGUGACCCUAAAGCAAUAGACAGACUAAGAUGUAGCAUGACAUCAAUGAUGAGUGCUAGCACUGCGGAGGAAACUGCCGAUCAUAGUUUACCUUCGUUUGCCUCAUUUUCCGCGGAGCUGGAGCCCUCAUGGGAUUACUACGACCGUCAGGAGCGCUCAAACGGUUCUACCAACGGAGGUGAUGUAAUAUCCUCCCAAACAAGCAAUAGUAGUUAUACCAGACCUUGGGAAAUGGAUUCCAAGGACCAUCGUGCAGCUGCAAUCACCAAUGGCAGUGGCGGCGGGGGAUUCGAACCAUUCCCCAAGCUUCCGUCAUUCCAGAGUCAAUUCCAUGGCUACAACGAUACGGCUAUGGUCACUCCAGAACCGAGUUUGCCACAAGUUACAGCCGUACCGGUGCCCAUCUCACCGAGUUCUGCAUCGCCCGGAACCGGUGGCUCCCUCACACAGCUUACACAGCUAACCCCAACGCCACUCCCGCCCCUUCAAGGUGGUCUCACACCGAUCGGAAGCUCCGGCUUUCACACACUGAGUGCUGUCAAUCCACGUCCGUACCCACUCGUACCUGCCCCGAUCCAAGCUCGUGAUAUUUCCGCCAUUAACCAACAGUACAUUGAUGAACGUCACAUCCAGCUGUAUCAGCCGAUCUCAAGCUUUCAGCCGCAGACCAUUCCCACCGUUACUGUGCUCAAAAAUGAAGUCGUCGACUUCGACUUGUCAUCGCUCAAGAAUGGCACCAUCCACCACAGCAACUUCCAAAGUUCGAUGCUGGAGAGCAACGUCUUCGUUCAAAACGGAGCAUCCAAUCCCACGUCAGUCCUUCAUCACCACCAACAUCACCAUCAUCAGCAACAGCCCCAAGCUCAACACCACCAACACCAUCAGACCGUGCACCAGUUGCACCAGCCGCAGCACAAUCUGGUCACUCCGUCGAUACAGGAGCACCACAUCACCAACAACAGCAAGCUGACCAGCUCGACUCCGGGCCUGGACAGUAGUACCGGCGCAAUAGGUGGUGGCAUAGGGGGCGGGCUUGGUGGCGGCGGUCAGUCAGCGCAGAUAUCACGGAUCGCUGACAACCGCAAGAAGGAACGGCGGAAAAUACGGGCACCCUCGCUCGAGUCUAGUGCCGAGUCCGAGGGAAGUGCAAUGGAAAUCGGCGAAAGUGGCAAUCCAGGCCAGGUGGCAGCCAUCUCCAGCACGGCCAACUUCAAGAGUCCGAUGCACACGAUGAGCAUGGACACGGACGAUGGCGGCAUGCCGGGCGAGAAGCAGACCAAGAAAAAGCGCAAACGCUGCGGCGAAUGCGUUGGCUGCUCGCGCAAGGACAACUGCGGAGACUGUGCGCCCUGUCGGAACGACAAGAGCCAUCAGAUCUGCAAAACUCGUCGUUGUGAAAAACUGACCGAGAAAAAGAUUCUGUACGGUCCCGACGGGCAGUUACUGAAACCGGAAUCGAAGCGCGGCCGAGGCAAGGGACGAUCCGCCAAAGCUAAGCAGCAGCAGGAGGCGAAUGCGGCCAGUGGAGGCGAAGGUGCCGCAGCCACUCCCAAUGGAGGCGCCACCACCGAUGCCAACGGAGCGGUCGUGACGUACGAUGCCAACGGGCAACCUGUGCGCGAAGGAAAACGAGGUCGCGGAAGAGGACGCGGUGGCGGGACUGGACGCGGUCGUAAGUCGCUGAACCUAGGUGCCACACCGAAGAACCUACCGCAGAACGCAUCGGCAGCUAGCCCGGCGCCAGCUUCGUUGCCACAUCCCUCACCAAACACCACCACCGGUGCCGUUGCCGCUGCAACCGGGACUUCCAAUGUGGUCCAAUCGAGCCAACUGGUGACCGUUUCCGGUGCCCAAACAGGUGUCAACGCCACGCUGCUCGCCAGCAACAACGCUAGCCAACCACUUCAGCAGCAGCAGCAACAGCUUGCACAGCAAAGCCAAUUGCAACAACAGCAGCAAACACCACAGCAACAACAAGUGCCAACAGUCGGUAUAAUCAAAGCCGAAACAAUGAAGGAUCAACCACAACAACCAAUGGCACCAAUGGCGUUCUACCCAACCUGGCAAGCCGACCCGUCGCAGGGCUGGCAGAAUCAAUUCAUCCAGCAGAUUCCGCAGAACACCCCCGCCAUCACGCCGCUCAACUCUCUCGAAUUCCAGCCACAGGGCUAUGCAGCAUACCAACCGAACAGCUAUGUUCAAACGGCCGGAAUCGGGUUCGACCCGAACUACGGUCGCACCUAUGCCGCACCGCCAACCGUUCAGCGAUACGAAUUCCAAACCAACCAAAUCACACCGAUCAACCAGGUAUCGCUGCAAAGCGUUUCCUUUGCACCGACCGUCACCUAUGCCGGUCAGGUCUCAACCGGUCCAGCCGUCGUAUCCCACAAUCCGCACGAUCAGUUCAAUCUCCAGCUGAACAAACAGACGUCGGGAAACGACAUGCCUGGAUAUCCACGGGUGAACAGCGUACCGCCGCGCUCACUCAAUUGUAAUGGAUAUUCAGGCCAAGACUAUGGCGGCCAAACCACCACCCAAGCCAGCUCGGCAACGACUAACGUAACCAACGCCAACGGAACGUCCACCAGCACCGGAGCCAACAGUGGCACCGGCAGCAGCAGUUCCAUGCACCCACCGGCACAGGUUCCUCAGUCGCCGAACCGACAAACACAACAGCAACCCCCACGUCCGAACUCCAACCAACAGCUGUACGCCCAGCAGUCUCCCAAUCCGUACAGCAGCAAUGGCAACAAUAGCAAUCUGCAGCAAUCGCCGAACCACAACAAUGGUGCUAACACCGCAAACAACAACAACGUCUAUGCACAGCAAACGCAUAGCGGCAUGCAUACCCCUUCACCCAUGCAAACACCAGACAAUCAUCAGUCGCCCAGUCACAUGAAUGGUGGUCAACAACAGUCCCAAGGCGACUGGGUGGGCUGGAAUCAACAACAACAGCAGCAAUCACCCGAUAUGUUCAACCAAUCGGAUCGAGUAAACCUCAACUCACGGUUGAAAACGAUGAUCAUGAACAAAAACGAUCCCAAGGACGGAGUCGGAGGCCUACAACCGACAGGUCAACACAUGAGUCAUCUAGGUGUCCAAGCACAGGGACCGGCCCAACAACAGACCGGUCAUUUUUUAUCGUAUAGCCACCAUCUCCGAGACAGUCUAACGCCUACAUCGCUAGCGGCUGGUGGUAGUAACCCUGCUUCCGGUCAGUCGCCAGCGCCCAUGAUGGGUGGCGGAACAGGCAGUGGCAGUAACAGUACAUCCAAUGAUGGUACUAUCGGAGAUGGUGGCGGUCUGAUCAACAGUAUAAGCAAUAUUGUUGAUCCCAACUGGAAGCAAAGCAGCAAAUCGCCUGGUCUAGGCGGCAUAGAGAGCAAUGGAACAAACAGAGCAGAGCACGAACAUCACACGCUUUUGAGCGACCUUCAUCACGGUAGUAAGCAUCAGGGUUUUGAGCAGAAGCAGCAAUUAAUCGACAAGAAUAAUACCGACCCAGGAGGUGGUGGCCUACAUCAUGAUACUGGCGGCGGACACGACAUCAAGCAUAAGCUUCAUUCCUCCAAAUCAUCGUCUUCAUCAUCGUCCUCCUCCAAAUCUAAGAGCAGUAGCCAUAAGAAUAGCGAUAAGCAUAGCAAAUCGAAAAACAAUCAUCAUCUCGACAUGAAUCAACCGAUAGACUCUAACAAAUCUUCCAGUAAUCUUAAUAGCUAUUCAAGCAGUAGUUUUAUGAACGAUCAACACUCAUCGUCAUCGUCGUCACCGUCGCCGUAUCCGAAUCUUAAUCAAACAUAUCCAGCAAUCAAUCAUAGCAGUAGUAGUAGUAACCAAUCGUCGCUUGGUCUCGGUGGCUACCCCAGCCAUCCCCUGGACAACAAGCUAGACGAUAAAACUCCUCUGAACCGGUUCCGCCACGACAACCUCAACAGCGGAUUCAAUCCACACCUUCCACAUCAGCAGUCUCCGCACGGCAUCCACAGCGGUGCUUUCCACCAUCCGCAAACGGCCACCAGCGGAAGUUCCUCCUCUUCCAGUUACAACCUAAUGAACGUGAAAAAGGAACCGGGUCUUUUGGAUGACGGCCAGCCAAUCAAGUCCGACGGUUACGAAAAGAACUACCAAAACUUCAUCCGCUACGGAGAAUACAACGACAGCAGUCAACCACCACAAAGCCAACUUCCCCAGCACGGCAGCUCUAGUCUCUCCGGAACGACGAAAUCUGAAUACAACAGCUACUACUCUCCUUACGGUACCUACCCAGGCUACCAAAACUAUCCCAACUAUCACAAUCAAAAUUUCAACAGUCCUUCGGGUAGCAGUGCGCUUCCACCAACACCAGAAGUAACAACACCACUACCCGCCAUCACCACACCCGUUGCCCAUCAAACCAACUUUGAGCAACAGAUCCCCGCCCAUACAUAUCCGAUUCCCAAAAACAGCGGCAUUCCGCAACCGGACGUUCCUAUCAAACUAGAAGCGGAAGACAACUCGUAUCUCACCAACACUAGUGUACCACCGAUGAGUGAACCUAGCCCGGUCAACAAUCUUCCUGCGGCCAUACCCAACAGCACUCCAAGCGCCCAAGCAGCACCCGAACCGGAAGCUCCCCCUCCGACACAACCAACCCCCACACCUACCACGGGGAAGUCCAAAAAGUCCGAAAAGAAAGAGAAGGCCAACAAAGAUUCGUCUUCCGGUGACAGUGAAACCAAACCUGAAGGCGGUAGUAGCAAAUCUAGCAAAAAGAAAGAAUCCAAAGGCUCGAAGAAGGAACAGGAAGCAGCCGCCAUUAAACAGGCGGAAGAUGAAAAACUGGAAAAGGCGCACAAACCGGAAGCACCGGACUGCGAUUGUUUCACCUCUUCGGACACAAAGGCUCCGUCCGAACCGGGAAGCUACUACACCCAUCUAGGUGCUGCAUCAUCCUUAGAAGAACUUCGCCGUGAAACAGAAACCCGUGUGGGUCUAUCCGGCAAACAACUACGGAUAGAGAAAGUUGUGUACACCGGCAAGGAAGGCAAGUCCAGCCAGGGUUGCCCGAUUGCCAAAUGGGUCAUCCGACGAGUCGAUCCGGAAGAGAAGCUUCUCUUCAUUGUAAAACGGAGACAAGGGCAUCGGUGUAAGGCGGCCUUCAUUGUGAUAUGUAUCGUAGUCUGGGAUGGUAUUCCAACGCAGGAAGCCGACAGCGUCUACCGGAUGUUGUCGGUCAAACUGAACAAAUACGGUCUUCCAACGGUGCGUCGCUGUGCGACCAACGAGAACCGAACUUGCGCCUGUCAGGGUCUUGAUCCGGAAACCUGUGGAGUGUCGUACAGCUUCGGCUGCAGCUGGUCCAUGUACUACAACGGUUGUAAAUACGCUCGCUCCAAAACGGUACGCAAGUUCCGUCUAUCGGUGAAGAACGAAGAAGCAGAAAUCGAAGAACGGAUGAACAUCUUGGCAACAAUGCUGAGUCCGCUGUACGUAACGGUUGCACCUCAAGCUUUCCAAAAUCAGGUCCAGUACGAACGGGAAGCUCCCGACUGUCGACUGGGACUGAAACCCGGAAAGCCUUUCUCAGGUGUAACCUGCUGUUUGGACUUCUGUGCUCAUACGCAUCGAGAUCUGCACAACAUGCAGGAUGGAUGCACGGUGCAGGUUACUCUACUAAAACCGCUUCCGCCUGGUGUCAAAGCCGAUGAUGAACAGCUACAUAUUCUUCCCCUGUACACCAUGGACACUACGGACGAGUUCGACAGCGAAGAAGGUCAAAAGAAAAAGGCCGAAACCGGAGCCGUACAAGUCCUGGAGAAAUUUGCAACUGAAGUUCGGGUGCGAUCAACUCCUCUGCAGCCAUGUCGACGUCAUGGAAAGAAACGAGGUAACGGCAAGGACGAGAAAUCAAAGGAUGAUUCAAACAAUGAGGAAUCGGUUCCAGAAACUCCUCCUCCCCCACCACCUCCGACGAAAAAGGAGAGUAAAUCUAAGAGCAAGAAAGGUUCCUCCAAUUCGUCAAACAACAGCAACAGUGGCAAUGGAAGCAACAGUAGUCAAAGCUCUUCAGGAUCUGGCUCACCGAAAGGCCAAAGUUCGAACAGCAAUAGCUCGAAAGCCAGUGGUGAAACUAGCGCUAAUGGUAACAACAGUGCGACGAAUGCAACUAAAGCAACUACCCCACAAGGACCGGCUACAGGAAACAAUGGGUCGAACAGUGCAUUUACUCCACCAAAUGCAAUUACCUCGCCAAACAAUGGAGGCAACAGCACACUCGUAGAUAUGGCUUCCAUGAUUGACAACUUCACUGAUGCCCAAUUGCAGUCCAACCAGAUCUCGAGCACGGUGCUGGAUUCACCGUAUAGUUACGACUACAACACCGGUCAAUACAUCGAUAACCGACAGUACUACAACAACUGGCCAACGGAUUACUACGGCAAUCGAACCGAUCCUAACAAAAUGUUGGGACGCAAUGAAGAAAUUCCCGAUACAACCACAAGACCCGGUAGCAACAGCAGUAAUUCUGCUUUCAGUCCUAGCAUACCGGAUCCGACGAAAACGCCAACCCCAAUCCAUCUAGAUGACUACAGUACUACCAAAUUGAACCAACAACAGAGUCAAAAUACGUACCACACGCUCCAACAGCCGGAGCAAGGUUUUGUUAAACCUAAACCACCAGACUACAACCCAGGCUAUGGUUACCACCCAAACACUCCUAUGGGCUAUGGUUACCAUUCACCGUACACGCCAUACGAUCCAUACCAGAACUACAACUACGGCUAUCCGCCCCAAAGCUACCACCCUACAUAUCACAACAUGUACUCGGCCACGCAGACUCAACUGCCAGGAACUGGUCCGGCACCUCCGCCUCCACCUACUGCGGUCAUACCGGCACCUCCUCCGCCAUCAAACUGGAAUCUCUAUCCACCACAUCCACACCAUCAGACACACAUCCCGCCCAGCACUCCUUCGCAGUUGCACACGCCGCAUCAGCCCCAUCUGAAUCCCAAGCAGCACGACAUUCCUCCAGCGAUGCAGCAAGCCCCGCAACCGCCGGCACCUCCACCACCGCCCAAGGAAACUCUCGGCGAAGUAACGGAAACCAACGAGAACGUGGACUGCUUCGAGGACUCGCAGAUGGGCGGAGUGGCCAUCGCGCUGCCGCACGGCAGCGUCGUCAUCGAAUGCGCCAAGCUGGAGAUGCACUCGACGACGGCCCUGAAGAAGCCGAAUCGCUUGAACCCGACCCGGAUGACGUUGAUCUUCUACCAGCAUCGGAAUCUGAACCGGCCGAAGCACGGCAUUGCCGAGUGGGCGGAGAAGAUGCGCCUGAAGAAGCUGGGCCUGGCCACGAACGAUCCCAUCGACGACAAGGACAUGCUGCUGAUGCAGGAGGACGACAUAAAGUCGGAACCGCUGGACGACCUGCACCACAUGCGGCACAUGGGCGAUGAACACGACAUGAUGGACGUCGAAUACUCGGGUGUCUAGUGGUGAGAGAAAAAUCUGCCACCAGGGCGACCGCUGGAUGAGCAGAUUACAGCAACACGCGGCAAUAGCAACAACCUAUCGGCGUCCGGUUUGGCGACGUCAGUGCCAUUGACAUCGCAGCCGCCUCUGCCGGCGGGUGGAAUUCCCGGUUCCAGUCGAGGAACGGCCUUCCACCAUCAGCAGUCGCAGCUGCCACAUCAGUGGCUCCCUACAACGGGACUCCAAAGCCAACCACACGAAAGACAUCAUGAUCCUAACCAGUACUACUACUAUUACUAUUACUGAAGACUACUACACUGAGGAAGAUGCGGAGGAGAAUAUAUCAAGCGAUGCUAGUGACUACAUAAGAUUUAGAACUUGGAAUACACACUCAAUGAGGAACACUAAUAAUACGUACGCUCCAGUAUUUUUGAGAAGCAAAACGAAAAACGGUAAGACGUAAAUUAAAAUGGCUAAGAUUUUGCAUUUUGUAAUUUACUUUGUAUUCACGUCAAUUGUUUUGACCGUGAAAAGCAUUUGAGUUACGUUUCGCAACACUCUCAACUGCUCAAACCAAUUCUUUGAUGAUUUCUGUUUGUGUGUCAAAAACCAAAUCUUCUGAUCAAAAUCCGUAUUUAUUUGACUUAUUCAAGAAUGAAACAAUAAUGACAACAACAAACGCACCUUCAGGCACACACUAAAAAACAACAUAGAAAAAGAUAUCAAAACUAACUUUUGAACAAAAAAUCAAAUAUUUUGAAAACAAGAAAUAGCAAAUUUAAAAUAAAAAAUAAUAAUCUAUAUCGAAGCCAAAAGUACAAAACAAACAAGUUGUUAACACAAAAGAAUCUGACUGUUCCACUUUAACUAUUGAUUUAGAAUCCAAAACAAAGUUUCUCGUCGAGAAAAAAAUGUCUGGACCAUUUAUUUCCUGCAUUAAUCUCCUCGAUUUUUUGCUGCUUAUUUUAAUCAAGAACUUGAUGAACGAAACAAACGCGAAAACUGCUCUCGCUCUAGACAGUUUACGUGGGAAGAACAAAGUUCUCCCAUUACUACCACUGCUACUAUGCUCUUUAGCUCCAAUUUGCUUAUAGAAUCGGAAAAGAUAUCACAAAUGUUUGCCAAUAAUUCAUUGCUAACGACAAACUAGCUGUUAUAGACUUUUUCUUUUGUAAAUACCAUUUUCAUGAUUGCAAACCCUACAACUAGGUCAACAGAAUUCCUUUUUUAACUUCAAAGUUUUCCGUUUCUCUAUCAAUCGUUUUCACUACACUUUUUCUUAGGUUAGAAUAAUUUCUUUCCAGUCUCCUAAUUUCACAUGGUAGAAUAAGUGAAAGCGCCAGCGCACGCAGCAUGCGAUAUGCACAUAUACUACAAUACAAACACAUUCAAAGCGAAAACAAAAAUUUCAAAGAUGAAAAAGUAUUAGUAUUUUAACUUAGUAUCUAGGUCUUGUUUUUGAUUUUCCCUGUAUUUUUUUAAAUAGCUCACUAAGUAGGUUUUUCUCUCUGUAAAAUCUCUUUACCAUUAGAAUCGUUUUUUAAUAUUGAAUAUUAUUCUUCUAACUGAUGAAGUGAAACAUGUAAAAGACAGUGAAAGGACAACCGUAACUCGAAUCAGUUUUAUCAAAUAAAAGAACUGAACAAAAAUGUAACCCAUCAUUUAUGUUAAGAAGUGUACAAGUGAAUGUUUUUAGUUUCCCUAAGAUCCAGCGACGAAAAGAAUCAUUAUUUAAUUAUCUAUUUAACUAUUUAUUACAAAAUGAAUCACACACUCACACACGCGCAUUGCAUCCAUACAAAAGUGACGUGAAUCUAAACAAUUAGAACAACAAGAAACACAAACACACACACACUUAAGCGUAUAAGUAAUUCUAUUAUUGUCAUUAAAUUAUCCAUUAGUUUUAAGUAUCAUUUGUCUCAUGAGAAAACACAUCAUCUUGUGUAAUUUUAGUUCUAGUAAACAAAUGAAGAAAGUAACAAAUCGCACGCUGGAAGGAAAAUCGCUACUUUAGUGCGCAUAUUGUUUAGCCAUAAAACAUAUAAAGAAUUACAACACAGUGAUUGGACACAGUGUUGGCGAGUCAGUUUUGAUUUAAUACUUCUUUCUGUACUACAAACACUCACAGACAAACAGACGUGUUGGUUUUCAACUGCUCCGUAGAACAAGACCAUAAUUACAAGUAGAUGUAAAAUAAAAUCGUAGGGAUGUUAUAUAGAAGUAAUUAAGACAUGAAAGAAAACACUGAUGAUGAUGAUAAUGAGGAUAAAAGGUGCGUCGCAAACGCGUGUGUAGAAAGAAAAGAAAACAAGACAAAUUUGCCAUAUUCUGAAGAAAAAAAAACAUUAGAACGUCAACCGUGCGUAAAAGGUAAUGAAUACUCAUAUACGUGAACAUUAUUUUUCAAGUAAUACCAAUAAAUUGCAGUUUUUAAUUCAAAAUUGUCGGGUUUGUUUUAUUUUUUGUUUACCACUUAGUUUUAUUUGAAAGAAAGCGAAACCCAGCAUAUAACUCAAAACAUUCAAGAUGGCGGCCAAUAGCGAUAAUGGAUCUCAUCGCAGCAACCAAUACGUUUGUUCUACUGUCACCCCUGACACAUAAUCAAACUGUAUGCAAGAAAGAGAAACAAACUGAAUGCGAAUAACAUACCGUAAUAGGAAAUAAAGUUAAUGGUUCUUUCUUUAAACGUAGAUGACCGAAGGCAACAUAACAACAGAAUAUGAAACCUAUGAUGCCAUAUUUGAGUGUAAAUUAUUGUUAAUGAACAUAAAUGACAAAGAACGUAGAGGCAAUGAAAUAAGAUACAUAGUUAUAAAAAAGUAUAUUUUUCGGAACAACCAAAACAAAAUUGACAACAAUUUGAAGGAUGUUUAGCUAUUAAAACAAAUAAUAUACGUAUUGAAGAUGAGAUAAGCUUUGUAGGUUUUAACUAAAAUUUUCCCCAAGUAAGAAAUCAAGGCAGGCAGUGGAUUCAGCUUACAUAAAGAUAAAACCCAUCGCAAUUACACUGUUUCAUUUUUUGUAUUAUUUUUAUUCAACUAUAUCUAGACCGCAGAAUACAUAAUCGACUAUCUCUCUCAGAUGCUUUUAAGAAGAAGAAAUAACGGCUCUUCAAACUAUUUACUUUCUGAUAAGCAUAACAUAAAACGAAUAUGUAAUGCCAAAAAAGACUCAAGCGAGAGCGGGAUUACUUCGUGGAACAAAACGUUAAAAAUGAAGUAUAUUUUGUAGGAAUUAAAAGCAAUCA